AUAUAUUUUCGUUUUCCCUCCGAUUUGAGGACUUUCGAAAAGGUUUCACAGAUUCAGAGAGAGAGAGAGAGAGAGUGUGUGUUGGAUUCGUAGUAAGUUAGAAAUGAGUAUGAGGAAGAAGAUACAGAAGAAAUUCAAAAUCAGAGGGUACAAUCUCAAGAUGGAUGCCCUAGACAGUAUUCUAGCCUUCGCCGACCAAUUCCCCGACGACGAUGAAGGAGAAGCUAUCGAUCUUCUUCUCGAUCACCUCCAGCAGGAAAAUCUUAAUUCUUCCAUAGUCGAUGCGGAAUCAAUUCAAAGAGUGAUUAAUCUCUUGUUGGGAGCUCAUGACGCUGCGGAGGAAUCUACCUCUAAUGGUUCUUCCUUGGCUGUCAUCGACGCGUUUAUGGUGCCUAAGUACCGAUACGAUGCUGUUAAGAGGCAGUUCAUCGAGCAUACGAGUACUCUGCCUAUUCACGGUGAGGCUUCUUCGAAAACAUCGGUAUACAGGGAACGAUUCAUGUUGCUGUCGCAGAGAGUUUCUCGCGCAGAGCAUUUUUCUAGGCCAGCAUUUGAUGCUGAGAUGUCGCAAUUUGAGAACUAUGAGAUAUCUUCAAUCCAGUCUCUAAUAGUUCAAAUUGGGAGGAAAUGGGUGAUGGGCGUGAUAUCACAGCUGGAAGAUGGACAUUUCUACCUGGAAGACCUUUCAGCUUCUGUAGAGAUUGAUUUGUCCAAAGCAAAGAUAACCACAGGAUUUUUCACAGAGAAUACUAUAAUUUUGGCAGAAGGUGAAAUGCAGAGCGGUAUUUUUCAGGUGAUUACAUGCGGAUUUCCUCCUUUAGAAGACAGGGAUAAAACACUAAAGACACAUUCUGGAUACGACUUUUUUGGAGGUGGCAUGCUAACUAAAGAAGAGACGAUUAGACUUGCAGACCUAGAAAAACAAGCAGUUAAUGACACAUUUGUCAUAUUGUCUGACAUAUGGCUGGAUGACGAAGAGGUUCUCGAGAAGCUGGAAAAGGUUCUUGAUGGUUUUGAAAGUGUGGAGAUAGUGCCUUCUUUGUUUGUUUUCAUGGGAAACUUUUGUUCUCGCCCAUGCAACUUAUCGUUUGGUUCUUAUUCCAGCCUUAGGCAACAGUUUGGUAAGCUUGGGAGAAUGAUUGGAGACCAUCCACGGCUAAAAGAGAAUAGUCGGUUUUUAUUCAUUCCAGGUCCUGAUGACGCAGGUCCCUCUACAGUCUUGCCAAGAUGCGGUUUACCAAAAUAUCUAACCAAAGAGAUUCAAGACGUUAUUCCCAAUGCGAUAUUUUCAAGCAAUCCUUGCAGAGUAAAGUUCUACAACCAAGAGAUUGUCUUCUUCCGAAAAGACCUUCUAUACCAGAUGCGCCGUUCAUGCUUAAUAACCCCUUGCUCAGAAGAAACUGACGACCCCUUUCAACACCUUGUCUACACAAUAACUCAUCAGAGCCAUCUAUGCCCUCUACCUCUCAUGGUGCAACCCAUUAUCUGGAACUAUGAUCACUCUCUUCGACUAUACCCAACUCCUCAUACGAUAGUAUUAGGUGACAAGAGUGAGCAAAAGGUUUGCAAAUUUGGGGGAACAACAUGUUUCAAUCCAGGCUCUUUUUCAACUGAUAGCAAGUUCGUAGCGUAUCGACCUUCCACUCAAGAAGUCGAACUCUCUGCUCUGUGAUUUUCUCUUUUCAGACAAUAACUUAUAUUUGUUUAUUUUUGUUUGUAUAUGCAAGCCUAUAACCCUAUCAUGAUUUUAUUUAGGGUUUUAAUUUUAUUAAA